AUUCUGAGGGGGAGGAGGGCGCUUCAGCUGAUGCUUGGAGGGGGAAAGCUUGGCAGCAGCUGCGGUUCCUAGUGUGCUGCGCAGCGCGCGGAGCCAGACGCGAAGGCGGGCUGUCGUCGUGCCACUGCCUCCUGUUCUUGCCGCCAGCCGAGCCGACUGCCCCUCUCCUCUCCCUUACUGUCCUCCUCUAGACAUGGCAGGGCUAAGCAGCAGCAUCUCCAGCUUCGGGCGGUGCAGUCACGCCGUGGUGCGGGCUCUGCCGGAGUCUCUGUGCCAGCAGGCGCUGAGACGAGAGAAGGGCAAGGAGGUGGACUUCGCGCGCGCCGAGCGAGAGCACCAGCUCUACGUGGGGGUGCUGAAGAACAAGCUGGGGCUGCAGCUGCUGGAGCUGCCCGCCGACGAGAACCUGCCCGACUGUGUCUUUGUGGAGGACGUGGCUGUGGUGUGCGAGGGGACCGCUCUCCUCACGCGCCCGGGGGCGCCCAGCAGGAGGAAAGAGGUCGAAGCAAUGAAGAGAGCACUUGAAAGCCUUAGCCUGAAUAUUGUAGAAAUGACAGAGGAACAUGCAACCUUAGAUGGAGGAGAUGUUUUAUUUACAGGCAGGGAAUUUUUUGUGGGUCUUUCAAAGCGGACUAAUCGUCGUGGUGCAGAAAUCCUGGCAGACACCUUUAAGGAUUAUGCUGUCUCCACAGUCCCUGUUUCUGACUCCUUGCAUUUGAAGAGUUUUUGCAGCAUGGCUGGGCCUAACCUCAUUGCUAUUGGUUCAAGUGAAGCUGCACAGAAAGCCCUCAAGACUAUGCAGCAGAUGAGUGACCACCGCUAUGACAAGCUUACAGUUCCUGAUGACACUGCAGCAAACUGUGUAUAUUUAAACAUUCCUGGCAAAGGUCAUAUUUUGUUGCACCGGGCCCCUGAAGAAUACCCAGAAAGUGCAAAGGUCUUUGAAAAACUGAAGGACCACAUGCUGAUCCCCAUAGCCAUGACAGAGCUAGAAAAAGUAGAUGGGUCACUCACUUGUUCUUCUGUUCUUAUUAACAAAACUUCACAAUUAUGAGUUUACAGACUCCCUCCCUUGUACCUGGCAAUAAUGUACAUGCAAGGUAGACGAA